AACAGUCACAAAUUGAAAACCAGACCAAAAAGUGAACUCCAUUGAAAGAAGUGAUGGAGUUGAUUGCAGUGUGUUGUGUUGUUGGAGUAACAUCAAUAGUUGUGUCAUGUGUUUGGAGGGUUUUAAACUGGUUGUGGUUCGAACCAAAGAAGGCGGAGAAGGGUCUAAGAGACCAAGGGCUCGAUGGCAGUUGGUACCGGUUCAUGUUCGGAGACUUGAAAGAGAUGGCUCAGAUGACAAUCGAAGCCAAAUCGAAACCCAUGAGUUUAUCUCACGAUAUCGCUCCCCGUGUCUUCCCCUUCUUCCAUAAGGCUGUGAACACUCAUGGUAAGAAUUGCUUUACGUGGAUGGGACCGAAACCUUUGGUACACAUAUCGGAUCCAUCAAUGAUACGAGAUAUCUUUGCGGAUUAUCAUCAUUUUCAAAAGGCGAGGGGAGGAAAUCCGUUGUUAAAGCUGCUAGCGAGAGGAUUAGUUGACGCUGAAGCCGAUCAAUGGGUUAAACAUAGAAAAAUCAUCAAUCCCGCCUUUCAUGUCGAGAAGCUCAAGCAUAUGGUGCCUGCGUUUUACGUGAGUUGCAGUGAGAUGAUUCACAAAUGGGAAGAGAUGCUAUCAAAGAAAAGCUCGUGUGAAGUGGACGUGUGGCCUCAUCUUCAAACGCUUUCAAGUGACGUAAUUUCACGAACGGCUUUUGGUAGCAGCUUUGAGGAAGGAAGAAAGAUAUUUGAACUUCAAACCGAACAAACGGAGUUGGUUAUGAAAGCUGCACAAUCGUUCUACAUUCCGGGAUUAAGAUUUUUGCCAACGAAAAACAACAGGAGGAUGAAAGAGGUCGAUAUAGAAGUGAAGGGUUUGAUAAGGAAAAUUAUCAAUAAACGAGUUGUUGCAAUGAAGACCGGGGAAGCUAGUAACGAUGACCUUUUGGGAAUUCUUUUGGAUUCCAAUUACAAAGAAAUGAAACAACACGAGAAUAACGGUUCUGGAUUAAGCAUCGAGGAAAUCAUCGAAGAAUGCAAGCUUUUCUACUUUGCAGGACAAGAGACCACCGGAAACAUGCUUGUUUGGACGAUGAUUUUACUGGGUCAACACACGAAUUGGCAGACACGUGCCAGAGAGGAAGUUCUACAUGUCUUCGGAGAGAAAAGACCAGAUGUUGAUGGAUUGAGUCGCCUGAAAACCAUUAACAUGAUUUUCAACGAGGUUCUUAGAUUAUAUCCUCCGGCAAUUGCACUAAGACGAAUGAUACAUAAGGAUACCAAAUUAGGGAACUUAAGAUUACGAGCGCAAACCAUGAUCCAACUAAACAUGUUGUUUUUGCACCAUGACCAUGAUAUAUGGGGUGACGAUGCGAGCGUGUUUAACCCUGAGAGAUUUUCCGAAGGCGUGUCAAAGGCGACCAAGGGACAAACAAUGUAUUUCCCGUUUGGAGGGGGACCACGAAUAUGCAUCGGACAGAAUUUUGCAAUGCUAGAAGCGAAAAUGGCACUUGUCAUGAUUCUACAGUGCUUUUCUUUCGAGCUCUCUCCAUCGUACUCGCAUGCUCCGUACACCGUGAUUACUCUAAAACCUCAGUAUGGGGCUCACUUGAUUCUACACAAACUUUAGGUACAUCAUUAUAUGUUCUGUUUUAUUGUGAAUUUGAAGUACGUUAUGUUAUGCAUAAUGUUAUCGAUAUAUUAGUUUUGCUUAA